AUGCUACUACCAUUGUUCGUGCUGGGAGGAUGGGCCACCUGCAUAUGCUGCGUCUCGACGUUCACAUCUGCAUACCUUGGUGUAAACUCCAUCCUUCUUACAGUCACUGGUUUUGUUGUUGGUCUUGGCCUGAGUUUUCGAAGUUCUACGGCCUAUGAGAGGUACGCCGAGGGCCGUCGGUACUGGAGUCAAUUGGUAAUGGCUUCCCAGAACCUGGGACGCGUAUUCUGGGUACAUGCCCUUGAGCGCGAGGGACAGACAGAAAAGGAUGUUUUGGCCAAGGCGACUGCGCUCAAUCUCAUUGUAGCUUUUGCCGUCGCUCUCAAGCACAAGCUUCGCUACGAACCUUACACAGGCUAUGGCGAUAUCUCGAAUCUGGUGGGCCACCUCGACACCUUCGCCGGGUCAGCCACUCGAGAGGACCCUGGCAAAUCAGUUCCGUAUAAGCCUGGGUUCUUUAAGAAUACCGGAGAGUAUCUCGGUGUAUCGUUUGCUGCAAGUAACCCGCGCAAGGCCAUCAAGAAGGCAAAUCGGCCACUGGGUAAUUUGCCGCUCGAGCUUCUGAGCUACCUAGCUAGCUUCACCGAUGAAAUCAUCUCAAACGGGCAGCUCGCAAUCCCGAUGCAACAAACAUUAGCCUAUAACAAUAUCGCCGCAUUGAACGAUGUCUUGACAGGCACAGAACGAGUACUGACCACCCCGCUCCCGAUUGCCUAUGCCAUUGCAAUCAGUCAGAUUACAUGGGUCUACGUCUUCCUUCUUCCUUUUCAACUCUACCCGGUUCUGGACUGGGUCACCAUUCCUGCAACCAUCGCCGCCGCCUACAUUAUCCUGGGAAUCUUGUUCAUCGGUCGUGAAAUCGAGAAUCCGUUUGGCCAGGAUGUCAACGAUCUCCCACUCGAGUCUUACUGCGCGCAGAUUGCCGCUGAAAUGGAUGUCAUUGCCAGCAAACCAAAGCCCCGCAACCGAGAGUGGAUUGAGACGAUCGACAACAAGGUCUUGUGGCCGCUGAGCUCGAGUGGCUGGAAUGUCUGGAUGCAUCGCGGCGAAAGUAAACUUCGAGAAGCGCUAAAAGCCAAAUCUGAGAUUGGCUUUGAAGAGCGCAAAGAGAUGGCCGAGGUUACAACAGCCAGUGACACGAGUGGCGAAGUCGAGAAAAGAAAACGCCAGAACGUCAACGUGGACAAUGUGUGA